AUGACGGGUCGAUUCGCGCCUAUGCGAAGUGAAGCGCUCACGCUUGCGUCUUCGAUAAAGAUGGUGGAUGGCUACACCAUGCCUCGCUUUGGCAUCGGGGCGUGGGACAUGCGAGGUGCCGAGUGCAAGCAGGCGCUGCUCCACGCCUUUGACAAUGUCGGCUAUCGACACGUCGACACAGCGCGCUACUACAGGAACGAAGCCGGGUGCGGCCAAGCGGUGCGCGAAUGCAGCGUGCCUCGCUCGCAACUGUUCUACACCACCAAAGUCUACCUCAACGAACUCGGAGGAGGAGCCAAAACACGAUCAGCCGUGGAGGACAGUCUUGCCACAGCUGGGCUCGACUAUAUCGAUCUUGUACUUGUGCAUGCUCCUGACGGAGGCACAAAGUUCCGACUCGACUCGUGGGCCACUUUGAGCGAGCUCGUGCAUGAAGGCAAAGUUCGAAGCUUGGGCGUGUCCAACUUUGGACCCCACCACAUCGAGGAGCUGAUCAACAGCAAGCCCAAAGUGCUUCCGGUAUGCAACCAGAUCGAGUGUCACCCCUUUUUCGCACAGAAUGAAGUAAGGGCGGCUUCAGAGAAGCACUCGAUCAUCGUUCAGGCUUACUGCCCACUCGCACGAGGACGAUACUAUGGAGACGCAACGCUGAAGAAGGUGGCCGCAGAGGCAGGAAAGACGGAAGCUCAGGUGAUGUUGCGCUGGUUGGUGCAACAUGGUAUUGUGGCCCUGCCCAAGAGCAGCAACCCCAAGAGACAGGCCGAAAACGCAGAGUGUCUAUCGUUCGAGCUGUCGGACGAGCAGAUGCAAGUACUGGACUCGCUGGAUCGCGGCGACAAGGGCUGGGUGGAAGUUCAGACUCAGAGCCAGCAUUGCAAGUAG